UGGCAGACGCACUGUGCGGAAGAGAGCCGAGCAGAGCUGAUGCAGUCUGCGCUGCUUUCACUACCCGGUGUGCAGGCUGGACUGCGCUGCUGCACAGCACACCAGAAACAGAAACCACACUCAAGUGACAAACUGCCGAACCGUGCAAUGGCAAAGAAGUGGUGUUCACGGGCGUAAACCUGUGCUCUCUUCACUGAAGGAUUAUUUGCGCCUGUUUUCUUCCUCCUGGAGGAGUAAUAUCGCAGCCAUGGUGUGCUGUCAGACUCCCAGAAGUUUACGCAGUGGCGACCUGAACUGCGCUCCUCUGCUGGCUGCUGCGCUGCUCAGUCUGCUGCUCGCAGGGAUGCAACAAACCACAGCCUUUCCCUCCUGGAGGUUAGAGGUAUGCUGUAAGCCCUUUAUGACUGGACCACUUAGAGAUGUCAGUGCUAUUCUGCAAAAUCUCUUUUUUUUUUUUUUUUUUUGCCUGGUUUGUCUGUUACAUUAUACAAACGUGAAAACAAACUCCAUUCAAAAUUCUGCGGUUUCAGAUUUGCCCUGCGCUACACUGAAGCUGAAUGAUAGAGCCUGAAUUUAUUCCCAUGUUUUAACCAUUUUUAGAAGCCACUUUACAAUUCGGCAUGCACAGUUGUAUCAUAUCAGCUGCACUGAUUUCAAAAUACAACUAACCUUCAUUUUAGUAGUGAGGUGUAUUGGGCAGCAAUGUGUGUCAGGGCAAGUGCUUAAGUUGUUAUUUGCUGGGUCCUUUAUACCCCGAUUGUACAACCAGACAAUAAAUACAAAGAUGGUGCCUGACCUUAAGUAUCCACUGUGCACAAAGUUUACCCCUUCAGAUAAAAGAGUGACAAGCAAUGUUUUUCAAAUUAGCUGAAAACAUCAUUCAUACAGCUGUCUUUCACUGUUGUAGUGCAGUUUGGAUCAUUUAUAACGCCUCUUUAAACGUUAUCUGCAUAUCAUCACUGUGUUAAAGGUACCCAUGGCAUACUCGUCAGACUAAAUUAAUGUCUCUUGUGGAGGAGUUAAAAUAAUCAGAUUAGAGCAUGCAGUGAAUCCCUGUACUGUAAUAACUGCUGUGAAUUGGAUAAAUGUGUUCCUCUAUCACUGCCACCCACCCACUGAGAGACAGAGCCUGAGGGAUGACUUUAUGUCAUUUCCUUUGCCACAGACUCUCAUAAAGUGUCAAUCUUGAGUGUGGGGGUUACAUAAGUGCCUUAGAUAAGCUUCUUAGGCAAUACAGCAGUAAAAGAAACAUAAGAGUGUUUAAUUUGUCAGUUGAUGAAUAAAGUUCGGCUAAAAUCCAGUUGAAUAACAUUAUUAAUGUUUUCUUAAUGUGUACUGAAAAUAACAGACAAUCUGCAUGAAACAAAAUUUACAUAUCUGUUGAUAGUAUUCUCAUCAAUAAAAUGCACACAAAGCACCUUUUGAAUGCUUUCCCACUGGAUAAAAUCUAAACUAAGGGCCCUCUAAAUGCUCUGCCAGUGUAGAAAACUUAAUCAAAGCACCUUCUGGAUGCUCACCCUGUAGUGAAAAAGUAAACAAAGAGCUUUCUGUAUGCCUCUCCAGUGUAGAAAGCAUAAUCAGAGCUCCCUCUGUAUGCAAUUCCAGUAGAUCAAAUGUAAACAAAGUGCUCUCAGAGUGUUGUUCUGGUGUAUUAAAGUAAAUAAAGCACCCUCUAGAUGCUCCUUCAGUGUCUAAAGUGUAAACAAUGCUCUCUCUGGAUGUCUUUUCAUUGGAUUAAAUGUUUUUUAUAAAGUGCCUGCUGGAUGCUUAGUGUAUAAAUGGUAAAUAAAGUGGCCGUCGUGUGAUUUGACCUGGUCAUAUCCUUUGGUUGCUAAUCGAGGCCUGUGACUAAGUUUAAUUCUGUACAAAGUGUUUUCCUUUCGAACUGUUUAAUACAUAAACAGAGGUUUAUGGUUUUAUUAUGUGUCUGUCUUUGUGUCUUUACACUAUUCAAUUUCAGAGUAACCGUGUGAAGGACAACAUUGCAUCUUUAUAGACUCAUAGAACAUGAGCUUCCUUUGGGAUUUGCAUUUAGUGUUGUUUAUUAUGCUUUUUCUUUUUUUGCUUAAUUAAAGCUCCUGUGGAAAACUUUCAGUUUGCAUCUUUUGGCGCCCCCUGUGAACAAAGCGCUCUUUGCUUAUUUUAUCCUCUGCAAACUUAAACACUAUUUUCUGUGUUUGAAUCAAAACAUGUUGACUUUUGACAUUCAAAUUUAUCAUUAAGUGUGAAUAUUUUAAUGUGGGUAUUGUAAAACAUAGGGCUGUCUUGUCACCUGCUCGGCUGACACCUUCCCCUCCACAGUUUAGGGCAUUGAAAAUAAGGACAUAAGGGUCAUGGAUCAUGUCACUGAUAGUCUUGUUUGCUCUUUGGUAUCAUUAAAAGGCACAAAUGAGAAUUUUAGUCUGUCAAAAAAAUCUUUGUGGAAGCCACUCUAGACCCACCUUUUAUAACCAGGUCUGUGCAACUACGUAAUGAUAACAGAGACAGAGGAUCUCACAAAAUCGGCCAAAAUGCUACUACAUCUUCAUUUAUUAUGUCUUAUGUGUACGUGUGCCUCAUGCCAUACUGCUGGUACCUAUUCAGAUUGCGUCACCCCUGCUCCCUCACACAGUUGUAGCUUUGAAAUGUAUUUUCAGAGUGAUUUACCUCAUGCCUGUACUGUUUUAUGAGAAGAGGUGCUUGUUUGGUUAACGUUCAUUUGACAGUUUGUGUUUUGCGGUAGAUACAUUAAAAGGUCUUUGUUGAAUGGGCCUUCAGUAUUAUGAAAGCAGGGAUUAAGAUCAUGAUCCCAGUUUUAGCAGUGUCUGGCACUUAAAGAUUCUUCCAAACUCUUCUGAGGAUCCACUGGGAUUUAUGCUUGGAUGUUUUGGCUUCAAGGUUUAGUCUAGCAGGCUUGUUUCGGCCCUCAUGGUUUAAGGGUUGACUUUAGUUGUGCCAAAGUGAGAUUAGAUUUGCAGUGAUUAUAACAACACAAGAUACAAAAAGAUCUGCACUGGCCUUAGUACAUUAAACACCCCAUAAAUCUCUGAACACAAGGCUUAGCUUUGUCAACUGAGGUCAUCUGAGGUCUGUUGUAUAAAACAGCCAUCAGUACAUAUAAUGCAAAGCAGCAUCUUUGUGUAAAACAUCGGAGAAAGAGGGGUCAUCAAGUUCUGCAGCGGUGUGGACACUGUCAGACCGCCCGCCUGCCUCUGUGUGACUAUUUUGGUGAGGAAAUGAAGGAAGUACAGGAUCUAUUUGUUUUGACUGGGCGAAGCAGGAACAGGAACCAGAGGAUUGGGUGUAGAAUACAGAAAAGAGGGAACAGCUUUGAUAUUCGCUCCCCGCCUUCAGUGUUUUUCCCCCGUGAGAAAUCCAGAAGGAUGGAUCACAUUUGAACAGUUUAACUUGAGUCUGAUUUUCCUUGUUAAAGCUUUAUUUUAAUCCAUUUUUGUGUGUUCUGAAGUAGGAAAAUAAUCAAAGAUACAAGACUAAAUUGAUAUUCAAGAAAGUCAGCAAGUUGGUUAGUACACCAUGAAUAGAUUUCUCGGUUUCCUCUGUUUUUCAUCAUCCCACAACCACUUGUUUUGAAGAACUCUUGCUGCCAUUAAAGUGCAGUUUGUAGAGUUUGACAGAAUUUGGCAGACUCUCUUUUUAAUAGACUUGGUGGAAAUGGAAUAUAAUAUUUGUAUAACUUCAUAGGAGUGGGUUGCCCUCCAAGUUGGCACCGUCUUGCACCACCAUGUUUCUACAGUUGCACGGGAUGGACAAACUAGUAACAUACUGUAAAACUUCAAUAAGUCACCUGCUCCAAUAAAGGCGGGGUAAGUUUGCAGCUAAACAUUUUAUGUAAAAGAGGGGUGAGCAAGGGAGCAUUUCAAUCAAGAGUCCAGAUAACAGUAAAUAUUCUUAUUUCUACACACUGUGCCUUUAAUUGUCAUGACAAAGAUUUUCACCCCUAUGUUUCUAUAACUGUUUGAGAUACAUUUUUCAGGCAGCAGCCUCUAAAAUCUAGUUUUACCCUCUUCUGCCAACACCUGUAUCAACAGGUAGAAACUGCAGGUAUGUGGCUUGGCCUAAGCCUCAUGUCUGUUUACAAAUCCUGCAUAAAAAUUCAGAAUCUGAACGCCAGGGAGCUGACUUAAGUAUCCAAAGUGCUCUUGUUUAAGUUUCAGCUCCAGUUGGCAGAAAAGCAGCCCGUAUUGAGUAAGAAGAACAUGAGCCAUUUUGAUAAAAUCCCUGAGCACAUUGGCGGUCAUCUAAUGACUAUCGUACUUUAUAUCUUUAAACGAUUAUCUGCAUGAAAGUGCAGCUAAAAUUAUGCUUUUGGACAAAUUUCUGAACACCAACUCCCUCAUUGCGUCUCAUGUUGCCAGUUAGACUGUAAAAUAGGUAACACACAUAAAAGGAAGUCUUGGCUAGAAGUCAUUCACCGCUAACUGCUGGCUACACUGGAGGGCCUGAAAAGUUGCACAUCACUCCCAGAGGCUGUAACAUAAUCAGACGGUAGCGGCCCGGUUCUGACACUGAUACUUUUUCAAACAUCCAAACAAGGUUUAAACUGUUUGUCUUUAUCUGGACAUCCAGUGAGUUUCUCUCUCUCUUUGGAGUUGCUCUUACUCUUGAAGUUUUACUGUCUGAAGUCAUCAUACUUUCCUUUGAUUGUGGGGCCAGAUUAAAGAUUUACUAACACCUCAGCAGAGACCACAGAAACGGUAAUCCAUAUCUGCUUACUCACUCUAGUGGACCAACCACUGCUUGGUAAUUGACACCAGUUGUGAUUUUUCCCAGAAAUUAUAGUAGAGGCUCAGGUCAUAUUUUAACCAUCAUCACGCAACCAGUUGAGUCACUAUUUUGUUCACAAAUUUAACAAAAAUAGCUUCUUAAAAUGCUUUUUCACUAAAAAACCCUAACUAGUUAUGACUUUAAAGCUCUGUUAUGCUUUGAAAACGGCUUUGAUAGUUCCUUUUAAGGCUUUUUGCCUUUAUUUUGAUAGGGAGCUUGAGGGGAGAGGGGGAAUAGUAUGCGCCUACUACCAGGGCGAUGAAGACUGCAUUCUCUGUACAUGGGGCACCUACUCUACCAAGUGAGCUUCACUAUUGCCCCCUGGUAGACUGCUUGAACUUUUUCCAGAUUGGAGACUCCUUAGUAUAAUAUUUGACAUCCUUCACACCACCUAAAGGAAAGGAUACUUUUUGAAGAGACCAGUAUAUAAGUGAUGCAGAAAGUUUUAACGUAUUUCUCUGUUAGUAUGACUGUGAGGUCAUAAAAGCGCAGAGAAGGGGGUUUAUUACCUAAACCAACCCCCAUAAAAAGUUAACUGGUGCAAUCACUGUAAUGGAAUAGCUCAUGGGGAAAUAUUGCAGCCAAGUCAAACCACAACUUAACCUCAAUCAUAUAAUAUUUGUGAAAGCACUUGAAUGCAAAGCACAUAUACACAGCUUUUUAAAGCUACCGUAAGGAGUUUUAGGGCUGGUCAUGAAACAGUCGAAGAUUUAUACUGAUCCUUCUUUAUGACCCAGAAAAGCAAAAUAUAGUAUUUGUGACAGGAUUGAUUUUUGUCCAAAUUGUAAAACAGCUGCUGGGUGGGUGUCAGACAAAGUGAGUUACUGCCUUAGACUUAAUAUAGAAUGGACACCGUCCGCCUCCUCGCUGGAUAAACCACCAGAAGAACAGCAUCCUCUGGUGACGGGCUGCUGUAUAGGUCAUAAAUCCCGCCUCCUCCAGCAAUCCCUAUGGAGCUGUGGACAAACUUUAGAAAUUUAUGACACAGAAUCUAAAUUUUUCUCCCCCCUGCUUGUGAUGUUGACAUGUAGUUACUGUAAGACUGGUUUGUGCUCAAGUCCUUUUUUUUCUGUGCAGCUCCAUUUUUAAAAGUUAUUAGGGGGUUCAUAUUUUCUAUGAUUGACGCUUGAUACAGCCUACGGGCGUACAAAGAUUGUAUAGCUCAUCCGGGGGAUACACUGUUUGAGCCAAGCAUCAUCACAGUGACUUUCGGCGACUCUCCCGCCAAAUGCGUACAACGCUACUGCACAAGUGGUGGUUCCGAAAGUGGAGAAAAUCCUGGAAAUACAGAGAGCAAUUCGGCUUCAAAUUCUUAUAAUGACAGAAGGCGGAGCUAAAUUGUCCAUAGUAUAUACAGUCUGUGGUUACAGCACACUGUCUGAACAGCUUUUAUUUACAUGCUCUAAAUGGUGAAUGAUCAAAUAGUAAUAGUCUAAAAUAGUCAAAAAUAGUGAUACAUUGAAUUUUGAAAGUAAGAGGAGCAUGGCUGACAAAUGUAUGGGGCAAAUUCAUCAAAGAAAUAAGAUGUAUUGUUACAUCCACAGUGAGGCGCCAAAAUCAGCACAAACCAAAAUUUACAUACAGAAGCUUUAAAAAUAUUAAAAUAUACGUGAACUACAGAUAGGCAAGUUUAAUGGUGGGUGGAUUAAUCAGGUGGGUUAAUAGCAUUUUUACUUAAUUGGCAUCAUACCUUCAUCAUCUUUUCCAUGUGAAAUGAUCGACAUGAGCUCUUAAAAAACUGAUACUGGUCCACUACAAGAAUGGACAUUUGGAAUUGAUGUUGCCCAUCUGCAAAUCAUCAUAGGACAAACCUACUGCUAAAGAUCACAAUAUAGGCCUGUGACUGGUUAGCCCUCAUGACGCUUAGAUGUAAUGCCCUUGCAUGAAUAUCUAAUACAAAGGGUCCAGAUCCACUGAAAGAAAAGUAGUGGAUUACAGUGUUGUCAAGGUUGUUUUAUACAUAGAUGUAUCGAUUAAGUUAUUCCUCACAGAUAAGUUUGCUCUGUGAUUGUUCCAUGAGUAAAAAAAUACAAGAUUCAUCAGGGUUCUGUCCCCAUGGUAAAGUCAGUCGGGUGUGAUUAAUCAAAGGUUUUUCUUUGUCCAAGGAAGAAGCUUACACCACAGUGCUGCUCAUCGGGAUCCGCAAAGAAGCCCGCUCACAAGUCCUUCACCUGUCCAGGAACAAACGCUACACCCUCACUCCAGAGCAGCUCAAAUGGGACAAGUUCAAGCUAACAUACAAGUACUUAUUUUCAUCACUCACCUCUGUGCUAUCUCACUGUUUUGCAGUUUUAGAAAAGGCAAAAAUGAUAUGAAAAGAAGUAAGUUAGCGGGAUACUUUUUCUUUGUUUAUAAUAUUUUGUACUCAUAGAUGAUACUGAAGCAGUGUUAGUAAAAAAAGAUGUUUCUUUGCUUUUGAAGUAUUAUUUGAGACAAAGAGACUCUAAAGCCAGGGCUUUGCUCAGUAAGAGAUGAACAAACUGUAAUGUUGAAACAUUUAUGUGUGCCAAUGUUUAGUUGCCCUUAAAGGACUGAAGGGUUAAACUGUACACAUAUUUACAUUAUUGAGACAUGAAGUGGGAGACCAGGGCUAAAACCAUGACAUCCCGGCUGUUACAGGUACAUCUGGUCACCGUAUGUGAACUAACUGAUAGUGAUAAGAGUUUUCAAAGUUUUGUCAUUGUUGCAUUACAGCUGGCAGUUCAUUCAACUACGAUUCAAUGUAUUACCUCAUCAUUGCCUGGAACAAAGAAAAAUAAGGAUUAAAAAGUCUCCAAGUUCUUUUUAUUGUUUUAUUGUGCCAAAAAUAUCAACUUGUGCACACAAAAUAGUCGCCUUGUUCCCACAAGUGAUUACAUUAUGGGUGCAGGACAUUAACUUGAGAGGACAAGUUAACCAUUGUGUCAGCACAGUGUAAUAAUCGUGCUGGAACAAGUUAUUAUCCUGUGCAUGCAGGAAAUUAUCUCAUGUGCACAGUGAAAAAAUCUUGUUUGAUCAAAUUAAUUAUUCGUAACUAUUAUUUUUUACACAUAUCAUUUUAUUUGCACACCAGAUAGUAUUUUGUUCCUGUGAGAUGAUUAUCUUGUCUUGUAGGAACAAGUGUAGUGUCUUAUGCCUACAAGUAAAUAUUUAACACACAAGUUAAUAAUUUGUUCCUGUUAAAGAAGUAUCUUGUCUUUUGAGUUUUUUUCUUGUGAGGUGGAGUUUAGUAUCCUGUUCUAAUGAGUUAAUAUCUCAGUGGCACAAGAUAGUGUUUUAUUUCUGAAAGAAUAAUCUUGGUUGUACAAUCAUGUGCACACCAGUUAACUAUUUUGUGCACAAAAGAUAAUAUUCAUAACUUUGUCUAACUUUAGGGCCUCCGCAUUACUCUAUCUACUUAAUUUAACAAUAGCGCACUUAAGCAAGAGUCACAGUUCACAACAAGAGGUGAUGGUGUUCACGGGAAAUGAAGCCUUCAUCCUAGAAUUAUGCUGCUAAUUUUGUUCAAAAGGGUCACCAGAAUCAAUACAUGAGAAAAAAUCUUUGCAAUACUCUCAAAAUUUGACCAACCUCUUAUAGAAAGUCAAUCUUCAAAAAUAAGAUGAGUGGAUCAAACUGAAAAGGGUCAAACGCCGGGUUUUGGUGAUCAAACAAACUUUAAUGGAGACAGUCCUAAAUCAGUUAAAAUACAGUUUAUCGUCUAGUAUAAUAAAAGUUGAUAUAACCAAUUAAUCAAUGACUAGUUUCAGUUAAAAGUAUCCGUAUCAGUUCAGCCAAGAUAUAAAAGUAUAUCAGGUCUCAGUAAUGGAGCUGUACUUGGAGUGCUUGUGGGAUUUCUGGUCUGUCUGAACAGUAGCCAUUGUGUUUUGGCAGAUCUCUCUGCUGUAGAGGAAUGUGUGUAGAGACCAGUUUAAACUACAUAAUGCUGUUGUCUCUGAGCAGGUUGCUCUCCUACCCUACAAACUUGAUAAAUGCCAGCGACACACGUAGAGGCAUCGCCAAGGCGUUUGGCAUGUGGAGCGACGUCUCGCCGUUCAGCUUCAGAGAGGUGCCAGCUGACCAAGAAGCAGACAUUAAGAUCGGUGGGUACUCUGCAUGUGGCUGCAUCAAUCCCCGACAGAUGUUGCUUGGCUCUGAGCUCCAGACUUUGGAGCUCGCUUUGUCGUUACUGUUUUUCUCUCCGUGCUGUCAUCGCUGAAACUUCAGUAUUCUCCAAACCCACUAAAUCACACUACCGCGACUAUAUUACCAAGCUUAUAUUCUGCAUGAUUCAUAAUUUCUAACUAAAAAAAUAAAUGUUUAACAACUUCCAUACAUGUCAGCCCAUGCUGAAGCAGACUAAAUUAUGCUUUAUCUGUCCCUUUGGGUGCAAACUCCUGGGUCCUGCAUAAAUUCUCAGUGACAGUUCGAGGAACAGUUGUUAUCCUGCAGAGUGAAAGCUGAGGCUGAGGGCCUGUCUUUUAUAAUUCAUCAUUCCUCCUGCUGUUGUCUUCACAGAGCAGGAAUAAUGGAGUGAGGGUUCCCCUGCUCGGCUCUUAGGUACAUCUGUCUCUCUCUGUCUUGGCAGGCUUCUACCCCGUCAACCACACAGACUGUCUGCAGUCCUACUUGCACCAUUGUUUCGACGGCAUCACAGGAGAGUUGGCUCACGCAUUCUUCCCGCCAACUGGCGAGAUCCACUUUGACGACCAUGAAUACUGGAUUCUGGGAAACAUGCGCUUUAGCUGGAAGAAAGGCAUGUGUCUUUAUCAUGUUUCUGGAAAUUGCUCAUUUUUAACCCUCAAAUGAUGGAUGCAGCAGACUCCGAACCAAACAGCUCCUGAGGUGCGCUGCAACUGAAAAUAAUCAACUGUGUCUGUUUUUCAGGGGUUUGGUUGACGGAUCUUGUCCAUGUGGCAACUCAUGAAAUAGGCCAUGUCCUGGGACUCAUGCACUCCAUGAAUCCAAAAGCAAUAAUGCACCUGAAUGCAACUUUAACAGGGCGCAAGCUUAUCACACAGGAUGAUGUGUGGGGCAUGCAUCGUCUCUACGGUAUGCUCCCAGGCCUGCUGUUUCUUACUUUGCUACAAAAACAAAAAUGAAAAGCUCUUCUCUGGUUUUGACAAUUGGAAAUACAUCUGGGAUGUUGUCAGCCAGCCAGGACACAGAAGCCAAAAGUCAUAAACAAAUCAGUGAACUUCAUUUGUCUUGACAGCAAUUUGUCAGUCAUCCAAAAAGCUGAAUGACUGAGACACCUCUGAAAUGGAAAUAAAAAGUCCUCAGGACAGUAAUCCAAGCAAUUUCAAUCUAAGUGGUUGGAUUAGAUCGCCUGAUGAGGCUUGAUAACCUACUUGACAGUCAAUCCCAAACACCAAAACAAGUAGACCAGUCCCAGAACCCCCCAGCUUUUUUGGCCCACAAUGUUUGCAUGAAACCCCAAUGAUCUCAUAGACAGAGAGAAAGGAUGUAGUUUCAGUCAGGUGGGACAGUCAGAAUAAAACCUGGCACCACCUUCCCAAUCAUCCACACAUGUCCAAAUCUAAAAAAGAUGGUUAACUCUGAUUGAUGGUCAGCUGCACUGUGAUCUGGCCAUGUCAGGGCAAGAAAUUCAUGAAAAUCAGAGAGGAGUUACUCUGGCACAUUGGACAUCUUGGCAGUUAGAAACUCUUAGCUACACAGACGUACACCAAGGCUGUCACAAAAUAUAUUUCUGAAAAAACAACAACACUAUCAGUCAGUCAAGGACAGGCAAGACAAGGAUGAAGCAACACACCACUUCAUGACUAACUUAUAAACACAGCUGACUGACUUACAUGUCAACAUGGAGUUAAGUGUCUUGUACAGGGAUGGCUUACAUGAAAUGUUAAAUUAAGAUGAGCCAACUAGCCUACAAGAAAGAAAACAGUUGGAAAACAGACAAAAAUCCAGCCUAAUUUUUUUAACCUGGCUGAACACAGUACCACAGAGUCUGCAGGUCAAAUGGUUUGCUAAGUAUGACUAACCCUUGCAGAGCUAGCACCACCAGCUUUUGGUCCGUACGCCUAUGCUUGUGAAUUUAUGCUAUAUAGAUAAAGCUUAAAGUUUUGAUGUAUCUGCAUCACCAGCCCUAUGACAGAUGUGUACAUAACAUGAAAACUCACCAUCUUCUUUACUUGAGAUUCUGUGUUUAAAUUUCCCACAAACCCCCUUUUUUUCUGUACAAAGUCCAAAAAGUCCCCCGAUCUGGCAAGAGCACGAUUUUGAUCCAGAUAGAGCUUUCAUUUGUCAUCUUCUUUGUCUCUCUUCUGUUUUGUACUGCCCCUACCAUAAGACAGCGUGCUACUCUGUAUUAUAUGUUAAAUUGUGGCACAUCAACAUUUCAGAAAUACCAAUAUCAUCAACACCUGUAUGCUGGGACAGCCCUGAUGUACCCGUGUAACCAGCUUUACAAAAGCAGGGAUAGUUUAUUUGAUCUCAGUGAGUCUGGAUGUAUACCAUUAGUGCUCCUCUUAAAGACAGACCCUAAAAGUCAACGUGGCAUUAAUAAUUAUUGUAUAAACUACUCAUGAGUCAUUAUUAGUGUGUAUAAUGGUGAGUCAUUCUCACUGGAACUAGAAGCACAUCAGGGAUCCAAUUUUUUUUCUUUUGCUGCUGACUGAAAACUGUUGUCUGAUCUCUCCUACUCACCCCAUUUCCCUCCUCUCCUCCUCCAGGAUGUUUGGAUCGGUUAUUUAUCUGUCCAGCCUGGGCUCGGAAAGGCUAUUGCGACAGCAAGCGCAAACUGAUGCAGAAGCACUGCCCCUCCAGCUGUGAUUUCUGUUACGGUAAGACGCAGCAGCAGAAAGCAGCAGCACUCCAAAGGGGGAAAAAAAAUCUUUUCUCUCAAUUGAGCAGCGCAAGAAGCUGCUGUGAACCGUUUGCCAAUGGAGCAACUGGAGCCAAUAGGUCCAGCCAUGCAGAGCUACGAUGGAGGUUUUCAAGGAUCUGAUUUGAAGUGAGAUUGCACUUGCCACUGGAGGAGUUUGUGGUUAGUUCUAGAGAUACUACUAUCCCCUGGGAGGUCAUGUGGAAAGUUCUCAGAAGACACUGACAGAGCAGGUUAGAGUAGAUACCUGUUAAGUGCUGUCUCUGCUUAGAGAAUUGAUAACACAUCAGAGAUCUGACAGACUGACAGAGUCUCUUUAGGUUUAUGGUGGGAUGCUCUGGUGCUGAGUUCUCCUUUUGCACAACAGGAAAUGUCUCCCCUUAACCAUCAAAGACGUCAGAUUGUUGUGGCUCUCUGAGAUUUUUGUCUGCAACAAGGGACAGUGUGGAGAGAAGCAAGAGGAUACGAUUCCUGGCUCGCUGUAAUCUGUUCCUCAUUGUUGAUUGGGAGACGUUGUACGGCUGUGGAAAAUUCCUGAGUGACUCCAAACCGCUGGAAUUUCAGACUGUGGCUUGAGGGUUAGAGACACACAAGGUCAAUUUGGAUUUUUGCGGCAUUAACGAGAGCGACUGUUUUUUAGGCAGACUCUGAGUUGAUCACCAAGCAGCCUGUUGUGUUUGUCAGAUUCCAGAUGAGAGAUAUUACAUCGAUAAGACAGCUGCGGUGCUGCCAGGAUGAAGGGUUGUGAAAGAGUUUCUGACUUGAUAAGGUUCUAAUCAAAAAUGUUGACAGUAAUUCAUGUUUCGACAAAUUCUUUGUGAGGGGAAGUUGUGUCAUCUCCAGAUUAUGAAAUGUUAUGAAAUGAACAGUUAUGGGAUCACCCUUUUUUGUGUGUGUUUCUCUCAGAUAUGUGUCUGAUCAGAUCAAGUGCUUUAAGUGGGUCGAUACGCUCUGGCAUGCAUCAACGCCACUUCUAAAUUUAACCCCUUGGCACAGCAAGAUGUUUGCAGCGUUCUGAGACUUUUUAUCAGCUGCCUGCACCUUCUUCUGUCCUCUCUAAGUUACAGUUGCUCAUAAUAGCUCCGUAACUAAAAAAUCUAUGGCGCACUCUAUGAUACUUGCAUCUUUUUGCAGCUCAUACAUGAUGCUCACUUGUCUGAUGCACCAGAUUAAAGCCGGAUUCAUGCAGGUUUGUGAAGCAUACGUACAAAACUUGAUGUGCGCCUCUUCAAAAUUCAACUCCACUUCAAAACUAAGCAGUUUUUAAGCUCUGCGUCAGUUUUUUGGUGGCAGUCGUUUCCAAUACAGACACCAUUCCCCCACCUCAGCAGCCGUUUGUUCACAGUUGUAGUUAGAUCAUUGUUAGAGUUUCUCAUUUAAGAACCUCAACUGAAUCACCUCCUCUCAAUCUUUUUCAGAGUUUCCCUUCCCCACAGUGGCUCCCACGCCGAUGCCCCCGCGGACUAAACACAAGCUGGUUGUAGAGGGCAAGAAACUCACUUUUCGUUGUGGGAAGAAAAUAGCAUCAAAGAAAGGCAAAGUAUAGUGAGUAUCGCUCUUUCCUGGGCUGUAAAUACAAGCGAGGAUCUUCUUGGUGUCCGGAGAGAAGGUGAUGCAAAAACACCAUAAACUUCUCUGGUUGCAAUUAUUGGUUGUGUAUUAAGAUGUCCUCCUAUUGCACCAGACAAAAUACCCUUUAUGCAGAUGAUAAAGUAGUAUUUCCUACAGAUAUCCAGAAGAGGUAACCUAUGUGUAUUGGCUUCACUUUUUGAGGGGGGUUAUUUUGUCCUUCUUUUCAUGCAUUCAGUUCAUGGCUGCAUAAAGGAGAGUGGCUGUAUGCAAGUCUAUCAUGAAAUGAUGCAAAUUUUCAAGUAUUUUGUACCUUAAGCAAACAUUUUCAUAUUUCAUGGUGAGGGCCUUAAAAUUUAGGCUCUCUUUUACUCUAAUUUGUGUUCAUUUAAUGAACUAUGCUCAUGUUAAGACUAUUCAGGACGUGAGGGGUUUCUACUACAACGAUCUGUUAACUUCUUAUCCAAAUAUCAUCAGCUCUGGCUCCACAAAAACGAAGAUAGUCACUUUUAAAAUGCCGAACUUGGAUGGAGUGACUGCAUCCCAUCUCUGAUAUACACAAAGUCUAUGCUCCUAUCGAGCCACAGUGAUGCAGUCUAAUAUUGUCUUCUCUUUUAGCUGGUACAAAGACGGGGAGCUGCUGGAGUACUCCCACCCAAACUACAUUUCACUGAAAGACGACCACAUCACCAUAGUGGCCAACGCUAUCAACGAAGGCACAUACACCUGCAUCGUGAAGAAAAAAGACAAAGUUCUCACAAACUACUCGUGGAGAGUACGUGUGCGCUUCUGAAGGCCGCCUCAGUGCUCUCCUCACUGAAGAGGACUCAGUCUCACACAUGGUCACAAGACGACCUCAUUCACUAGGGCACAUACUUGUGGGUUUUUAUAGAACUGUCUGUGCAGAUACAAGUGUCUAUCAAUGUUUGUCACUGCGUUUCAAUGUGUAUAUAUAAUAAAUAUUCUGUGACAAGCUGA